UCUAAACCGUUAUCUGUUUACACUUUCCUGUCGUCACUUUAACCUUCACUUCCAACACGUACUAACAUGUUAAAAUUAACCCAUUUACUGUUACUGUGUGUACUUAAAACCGCCACUGGUACCCCCACUGACAAAAGAAUAGUCGGAGGCCGAUUGGCCAAACUCGGCGAAUUUCCAUACCAGGUUUCGCUUAGACGUUCCUACAACAACCACCACUUCUGUGGAGGUACCAUCAUCAGUCCGAAACACGUGGUGACAGCGGCACACUGUUGCUACUACAUCUGGGGCGGAAUUUUACCACCAAACGUCGUCAACGUGUUUAGUGGAGAUUUAUUUUUGAACUCUUCGACGAACUAUAGCAAUGUUGGCAAAAUUGUCAUACAUCCAGAGUACGACGUUAACACCAUGGCGAACGAUAUAGCGGUACUAGAAUUAGAAACGGAACUACCGCGUGUUGGUCAAGUAGCUGCUAUUGGGUUAAACAAAGAGAGCGUCAGUGCGAACUUGAUGUGCACUGUUUCUGGCUGGGGAGUCCAGAACUACAAUUCAUCCGAGUUGAGUGGUCGACUGUUGGCAACGAACGUCUUCAUAGUAGACCAUGACGAAUGUCAACGACGAUACGAUUUUGACAACAUUGCUUUAUUCAAGGGGAUGUUGUGUGCGGUGAAUGAAGAAAGACCAGCGGAUGCGUGUCAAGGAGACUCUGGAGGUCCUUUGGUGUGCGAAGGUGUCUUAACUGGAGUGAUUUCAACUGGAAAAGGGUGUGCUGAUAAGAAUUUUCCAGGAGUCUAUAGUGACGUUCAGUUUUUUCGUUCAUGGAUCAGGACGGUCACUGGUCCACUGGAUGUAACACCUUUUGGAGUUCUAGUUGACACUACAACGGCUGUUACAACCACUGAUGGUUGGAAUAUAUGGCACUUAUUUUCGUCUUCGACACUAAAACAACUUCAAAAUGUGGUUGCUGGUUUAGUAUUUUUGGGAAUUAUUGACAGUCUGUUCUCGUAAUAAGUCUGUUACUAAUUAAAAAAAUACUUACACCGUG